GGAGAACGCGAGGAGGGGAGAUAGCUGGGGCUACCAUUUUGGUGCAGCUGGAGGCGCCGGCCGAAGAAGGAUUCACGGCCCACGCCUUCUCUCUCCUCUCGCCCUGAAAUGCAGGCGUAGAUACGCGCGCGAUGAUCGUGAGCCCCUCCGCGCCCCUCCGUCGCACCUGUCUCGCGUUGGCCUCUCCUCUCGGCUCUCACGUGCAAACCUAGGCGCCGGCGCCGGCGUGCUCCUAGCGCUAGCGUGAGUGCACACGGCCAGAGCGAGGGACCGGCGGGCGGUGGCACGCGCCGUCCUUGUGCGGGGGCAGGACAGCAGAGGCGGCCACGGUGCUCGUGCUUGACGGGGCCACAGAGGCGGGAGGAGGAUAACGGGAGUCUGGCAGGCCGGCAUUGCCCGCAUCACGCAGCAUGCCGGGCGCCGGCAAGGCAGCAACGAAUCCUGGCAGCGGCACCCCGCAGCCUUCUGCUUGAACAGCUCGCUAAUAAUAAUCUAUGAUGCUUAUUCAGGAGUGAAUCCCAUAAUAGAGAUAUGGGUUCUCUCACUGACAUUGGAGUUUCUGCGGGACUAAACAUACUAUCUGCAGUGGGUUUCCUUCUUGCAUUUGCUGUUCUCAGGAUACAACCUAUUAACGAUCGGGUGUACUUUCCUAAAUGGUACCUUAAAGGGACAAGAAGCAGCCCAAGGCAGUUGGGAAAUGUUUUCUUGAAGUUUGUGAAUGCAGAUUUCUCAACAUAUAUCCGGUUUCUAAACUGGAUGCCUGCAGCACUGAAAAUGCCAGAACCUGAACUUAUUGAACAUGCGGGACUUGACUCUGCGGUAUACGUCCGCAUCUAUCUUCUUGGUUUGAAAAUAUUUGUGCCAAUUGCGCUACUAGCAUUUGCUGUUCUAGUUCCUGUCAAUUGGACUAGUGGAACAUUGGAAAAUGAAAAGGGACUAAGUUAUGACCAGAUUGAUAAGCUUUCAAUAUCAAAUCUUGGAAAAGGUUCGAAAAGGUUUUGGGCACACAUAGCGAUGUCCUAUGUGUUUACAUUUUGGACGUUCUUUGUGUUGUAUCAUGAGUAUAAGGUUGUGACAACAAUGAGGUUGCGCUUUCUUGCUAAUCAAAAUCGUCGACCUGAUCAAUACACAGUUCUUGUGCGAAAUGUACCUCCAGACCCAGAUGAAUCAGUUAGUGAGCACGUUGAGCACUUCUUUGCUGUGAAUCACCGUGAUCAUUACCUUAGUCACCAGAUUGUAUACAAUGCAAACCACCUUUCUGGCUUGGUUGAGAAGAAAAAAGGCCUGCAAAACUGGUUAAUCUACUACGAAAACAAACAUGCUAAAAACCCUGCAAAAAGGCCAAAAAUAAAGACAGGACUGUGGGGUCUUUGGGGACAAAGAGUGGAUGCUAUAGAAUACUACCAAAAAGAAAUUGAGGAUUUAUGUAAACAGGAGGAUGAGGAGAGACAAAAGGUGGUCAAUGAUCCAAAUUAUAUCAUGCCAGCAGCAUUUGUGUCUUUCAAAACACAGUGGGGGGCUGCUGUUUGUGCUCAAACACAGCAGACAAGUAAUCCAACCGUGUGGUUAACUGAGUGGGCUCCAGAACCUCGUGAUGUUUUCUGGGCUAAUCUCGCAAUCCCUUUUGUUGAGCUCUCAGUUAGGAGGCUUAUUGUAGCUGUUGCCUUCUUCUUUCUGACCUUUUUCUUCAUGAUACCAAUUGCUAUUGUUCAGUCCUUGGCAAACCUAGAUGAUAUCGUCAAGGUGCUUCCUUUCUUGAAACCUAUAAUCGAAAGAAAUUCUCUUAAGUCAGUUAUCCAAGGCUUCUUGCCAGGAAUCAUAUUGAAAAUCUUUCUUAUACUUCUCCCAACAAUUCUAAUGGCCAUGAGCAAGAUUGAAGGACACACAUCGCUCUCUGGAUUGGACAGGAAAACAGCAACGAAGUACUACAUUUUCCUUUUCGUAAAUGUAUUCUUGGGGAGUGUAAUAACUGGAACAGCAUUCCAACAACUAGACAACUUCAUACAUCAGUCCGCAAAUAAAAUUCCAGAGGUUGUUGGAGAGUCCAUUCCUAUGAAGGCAGCAUUUUUCAUGACAUACAUAAUGGUUGAUGGCUGGUCUGGUAUAGCUGCUGAAGUUCUUCGGUUGAAGGCAUUAGUCAUAUUCCAUAUAAAGAAUGCGUUCUUGGUCAGAACGGAGCACGACCGUGAGCAGGCCAUGGAUCCUGGAAGCCUGGAUUUUUACAACUGUGAACCACGAUUACAGCUGUAUUUUCUGCUUGGGCUUGUAUAUGCAGUUGUCACGCCAAUGCUUCUUCCCUUCAUCAUAGUGUUCUUCAGCCUUGCAUAUCUUGUUUUCAGACAUCAGAUAAUUAACGUAUAUACUCAGCACUACGAAAGUGGUGCACAAUUCUGGCCAGAUGUUCACAUGCGACUAAUUAUAGCGCUGAUAGUAUCACAAAUCCUCCUACUGGGGCUGCUGAGUACACAGGAGGCAGAGAAGUCUACUGUUGCCCUUCUCCCGCUUCCUGUCCUCUCCAUUUGGUUCCACUAUGUUUGCAAGGGCCGGUUUGAACCAGCGUUUGUGAAGUUCCCCUUGCAGGAUGCUAUGGUAAAGGACACAUUGGAACGGGCGCAUGACCCGACUUUAAAUUUGAGAGAGUACCUAAAGGGUGCUUAUGUGCAUCCAGUCUUCCAGAAAAAUGAUAUCUACAAGGUUAUCGCCGUCGACGAGGAAGAGAAGAACCCCAUGGUUGUGACAAAGAGGCAAUCUCGCAUGAACGCACCGGCCGGAAGCUAAUUGAAUUCCAGUUCUGGUGGUACUAACGAAGGGGAAUUCAGUUGGAUGCCUCCUACCUAAAGCCUGAUUCUUUCAUGAGCAAAUAGCCCAGUAAUCUUGUAAAUGUUUGGGGAAAAUGGAAAUACAGGAGGCAGUAGGAUAGUGAAACAGGCUGUAUUAUAUAUGAUCCACAAUUUAUUAAUUUCAUUAGUGAUUACAAUUAUUAAUAAAAACAAAUUUACAAU